UUAAAUAGUUAGUAGUCGUAUCACUAGCGAGAAUCGAGUUUCGCGGGGCGGGGUGUCGAUGUCGCACUGUUUACUGGCAGUUUGCAACGACACGCGGGCGCGUGCGAUCCUACGUCAAACUGGAGUGUCCCGGCGGUCCAGUAUGUUUGGACACUUUAAAAGUUUCCGACGGCCCCGCUGCUAUGGCUCUACGGCCCGUCAGCGAAGUAGCUGCUCGCUCCGAAACUUCACUGCUGCGUUUACUUGACAGCGACAAAAGUGGCCAAUUGAGUCGCGCACGUGAUCGUCUUUCUUCUUUUUGUAAGAAAUUGCGACGCACUAUCAGCGACGUGGAUACUCCUAAAAAGACCGAGCUGGCUUCGGAUAAGAAAACUGCCUCCUCGCAUCGCAAGGACGGCUCAAAGGUGACGACCGUGGUAGCGACGCCGGGGCAAGGGCCGGACAGGCCGCAGGAGGUGAGCUAUGCCGACAUGAAGCUCAUCGGUAACGGCAGCUUCGGCGUCGUAUACCAGGCUAAGUUGUGCGAUACCGGCGAGCUCAUCGCCAUCAAAAAGGUGCUCCAGGACAAAAGGUUCAAGAACCGCGAGCUGCAGAUAAUGCGCCGACUGGAGCAUUGUAAUAUCGUCAAGUUGAAGUACUUCUUUUACUCUAGCGGAGAAAAGGUAUAUUUGCACUACCAAAUAUUUUGCAUAUAUUAACCCAAAAAAGAUGAAGUGUACCUGAACUUGGUGCUGGAGUACAUACCAGAGACAGUGUAUAAAGUUGCACGUCACUACUCCAAAGAUGAACAAACCAUACCCAUUAGUUUUAUAAAGCUGUACAUGUACCAGUUGUUCCGGAGCCUGGCGUACAUCCACUCGCUAGGCAUCUGCCACAGAGACAUCAAGCCGCAGAACCUGCUGCUGGACCCGAAGACGGGCGUGUUGAAGCUGUGCGACUUCGGCUCGGCGAAGCACCUCGUGCGCGGCGAACCCAACGUGUCCUACAUCUGCUCGCGGUACUACCGCGCGCCCGAGCUCAUCUUCGGAGCUAUCGACUACACCACGAAAAUUGACGUAUGGAGUGCGGGCUGCGUGGUCGCGGAGCUGUUGCUCGGUCAGCCGAUAUUCCCGGGAGACUCUGGCGUGGACCAACUCGUUGAAAUUAUCAAGGUCCUUGGUACUCCUACUCGAGAACAAAUACGCGAAAUGAAUCCGAACUAUACAGAAUUCAAAUUUCCACAGAUCAAAAGUCAUCCUUGGGCAAAGUACAUGUUGGAGAGACUGACGAUGCCCAAGUCUGCCACUGACCAUCAGCGCAUCCGAGUAAGAAACGUUAUCUAACCAGCGGUCGGCAACCCCUUACGCCCGGACCACGCAAUAUUUAGAUUUUUUUCUCUGCUCACUAACAGAAUCACAUUCUGCUGAGUAUAAUAAAGGCGUCUAGUUGAUUAGUAGUAAUAAUAUGUAGUGGUACGAUUUGGAA